CAUGGAGCUGUGUCAGGGGAGGGCAGAUGGGGAGUUAGGAAAGGUUCUUCACCAGAGGGUCGUGCAGCCCUGGAAGAGGAUGCCCAGGGCACUAGCGAUGGCCUUAAGCUGCCAGAGAUCAAGAGCUAUUGGGACACCACUCUGAGACAUAGGGUUUGAUUUUGGGUGAUGCUGUGUGAAGCCAGGAGUUGUACUUGAUAUUCCUUAUGAGUCCUUUCCAACUUGGGAUAUUCUAUGAUUUGUUAUGUCAAUAACAUUUUAGAUAAGGAUAAUCUAUCAAUGUUUACCCAAAUUUCCACCAUGAGCAAGGAAAAAAGCACAUUAGAUAUUCCUCAGAGUCACACAAAGGGCACGGCCUCUUCAUCCACUGCAGCCAGGCGGCUGGCCAGCAACUUGCUCAUCUGAAAACUGAACUCAGUAGAUACAUUUGUGUGAAAUUCAGUAUAAACGGUGAGACUUUGAAGGCAGAAAGACAAAGCAUAUGUAGAAUUUAAAAUUUUAUUAUCUCCGGCACAACAUUAAGGCAUAUUCCACCAUUACUCUUGAUGAAAUCUUACAGUGAGAAGGAGACUCAAUCACUUCUCCUUGUUUUUUUUGCUAACCACAACACUGAGUUGCAAGCAAGUAAAAAAAACAAACCUUGUAAAAGCUCUCGGGUUUUAGAUUUUGCUGAACUUGUUUGGAAAACACUUAAUUUAGAUUCUAUUAGUUUUUAAUCAAUCUAGUUGAAGAAAUUAUUCUUUUGGCUGCUUUCACUGAAAACUUCGUUAAAAGCAAAUUAUAGCUCUCUGAUUGCUACAGGCUGGAAAACCUUCCCCUUUUUCACUCAUAGCAGCUUACUUCUCUAUUUCUAAUCACAGCUGCUGAGUAGUCUGUUCCAGACAAGGAAAAUGGGUGCAUAGAAUCCGAUUUCAAAUUAUUUUCCAAUAAAGUUUAAUAGGUAAUAGAUUUAGGACGAUUUUUUUUUCCCCAGACAGCUCCUUUUUGAAUACCAUCUGUAAAUUGUGAUUCAGAGACAAGAGACUCAGAUACGAAUAAUGUUUGAUCUAUGUCUGGCAAGCACAACUGCUAUCAUUAAACUGGGCUUUUAUGAGGCUUGUUGAAUGUUCAUAAGCAAACUUAAAGCAAAUCUGAAUGCAUAAUGAAGUUAGAAUUUAUAUUAAGCUGGCAUAGUUGAAAUGAAGUUACAAGAGAAACAAAUUCAAUGUAAAUUAUUUGGAAGUACGGAGGAAAUAAGUUAUCAUUUUAUCAAAGAAUUAUAUGUAAAAAUAGGCAAAUAAGCACAACUUCUUUAUCAUACAGAAAAGUCAAAUACAACAUAGCAAGCAUGGAAUUUGUGGUAAAUGGACGGCCAUAGAUUUCUCUUAUUUCCCAUAAUUGUUAUGGAAUCAAUCUCAAAAUCACCAUUCUUGUAUAGCAAUCCAUUCAGCUCUUUUAUCUCAUCAUCAGAUCUUAAAUUAACUUGGUGACUUUCAGCAGCUGAGAAUUAGGGAAGGACAGUUUUGUUUAAUCUCACUGGAGAAAGGUCAGUCCUUGCCAACAAAACUAUUUCCUCUUCUACUAAUAUAAGACCUAGUUAGGCAAACAGAAUUGAGUAGAACUUGCCAGCUUUAACAAUCAAGCCUUAGUUAAAAAACAAACAAACAAAAUGAAAAAAUGGUUAUUUCCUACAAUCAAUGGGCUUUUUCCUACAAGCAAAAUCCUCUUGAAGACUGGGGCUACACAGGAGUUCAAGGAUACCGUGAGUAAUAUCGACACUUAUGAGAAAUAAAAGUACUUUGUAACAAGGGGAAUUUCAACUUUAAAAGAGGAACCUUUUGGGCAAAAGCUGCAUAUGUGCAUUUGCAAGAGGGCAGUGCUGAUUUUCUCUGUCCAAGUCUUUCAGCAUGUAGCGGAGAACAGAGGAAAGAAUGAACAUUUAUAUCGUCAAGAUCCGUGCUGGAGUAUUUUGCUGCCUUUGAGACAGGAAGCCUGAAGAAAGAAAUUAGAGAUACAUUCCCUUUGGUUGUGGAGGAAGAGUUUUGCUUGCAGAGGCAGUGGAAUGCUCCGUGAUCUUUGGACCAAAGCCUUCUGGACCGUGCCUGAAAGAACUUGCAUCAGCUGAUUAAGGACAUCCUUUAAAUAAAGAAAGAGAGUUUUCUCACAACACCACAGUUUAAUGGCCCACAUCAUGGUUCAGCAACUGUCUUUGAAGCAGCUCAUCUAAGAGCAACAGAAGUCACACUGUGAUCUCCCUCUCCAGGACAUGUGGAAAUCCUGAAGCAUCUUGGAGCCCUCAACAUGCAGGCAGCCCUGCAACCACCAUCUGGAAGACAGCAGCCAGGAAACUCUGUGGGACCUUUGAGACUUUUGUCUUCAGCUCCAAAGCUAACCCAUAAAGAAAGGCAUGGAGAAAGUGUUAUCUGUUGUGGGUUUUUGUGUGUAUUUUUUUCCCCCUCGAGUUUUGUUUUUCUCUCUUAUUUUCAUUUCCAGUUUUGGUCUUUGCUCCUGUGAGAAUGUCAUUGCAAAACAUGCCUUGUUAUAGCAGUACAGUCAUUUAUAUUUCCAGUUGCUAAAUUGUUUUUAAUUCUCCUCUUCUAAAUCUUCAUUAGAUCCAAAAAAACAAGGCUAUUGUGUUCAUUAUUUUUCUUUGUUUGACUAGAAGCAAAAAUUUUUAUUCACAGGAGCAAAAACAUGACUGCUGAGAAGGAGCUCCUGUAGGUUUCUGUGGCAUAGGCACAGGCAAGUUGGCAUAGGUAAUUUUAUUUAGACAAUUAGUUGUGUGGUUCAACUGAGUGGGCCCCAAGAUAAACAUUCACCACCUAGCAGGGUGGUUUGUGCUGUGGAGCAGAAGGAGAAUGAGCUCUGCUUAUAGCAAUGGAUCUUGUACAAGCUCCCUCUCUUCUGCUGUGACUUUGGUGAGUGUCACUGAUCACAAAGAAUGUUAUCUGUAUCCUUUGGCGCAUCCAAGUUUCUCUAUCCUCUUUCCUAAGAAAAGGGUGAAUCUGGAAAAAAUAUGGUUUUGUGUUUUGCAGUACACACACAGAAAACACAACAGCUGACUGAGGGAAAUUCUGUGUUAAACAGAAAAAUACACUUGCUCCCAGAAAUCUGUGGUAAAAAAGAUCAAAGUGUACAAGCUUAAAAUAAAACAUGGCAAAAAAAAGGGGAAAUAGAAGACAGCAAUCACACUUCUUUUUUCAUGUAAGAGCUGAAGAGUUCUUACACCUUCUCCACUAAAAAAGAGCAUUCUUUGGAAUAAUUCAGAAAGCAGAGUGGAGCACCUUGGAUGGCAUGGUGUGAAGGCUUCUCCCAGACAUGUGGAAAUAGCACAGGAAAAACACAAAGGCACUGCUAUCCAUCAGCUGUAAGACAGUAGAUGCAGAAGUUCUCUCUCCUACAAAUAAGAAAUACUUGGAGAAAGGGCCUUGACUGUUAAACAAGAUUAUAUAGGUUCACUAUGUGAAGUCAGUCACAGAAGUGUUCUGCUUAUGAGAUGAGUCAAAGGGCUUUUUUUCUUAAAUAGAUACUUUUUUUUUUUUCUUGACCAAACCAUGUGACACGUAGCCUCAACUCUUUAAACCCCAUAGGAUUAAUUUCAGUUGUCUUUCAUUAUAGUGAAAGAAAGGUUCCUGUUACACAAUGGAAGGUUACCCAUUUCAUCACUUCUGGUAGUUGACAUCAUUGUGCUGCCUGUCUCCACCACCUACUUCUCCUGUGUUAUCCUCUCUUCUUCCUCUGCUUUCAAUUCCCCAUCUUCUUCCAUGUUCAGCUAAGGGCAGGCAUGCUCCCCAUUCCUCUCUCCUCUGUGCCAGUUGUUCUGGGUACUCUGGCCCUUUGCAGUCCAUACACUCUGUGCCCCUCCCAUGGCAUACCCAGUAACCUUGAACCUCACCACAGUCACUGUAAACCAGAGGUCUGUCAUAGCAUGCUUCUGGUUGCUAAUGGCUGUUAAAGCACAGAGAAACAUUUCCACUAGUUGAAGGGAAAUGUGAGAUUAACUUUCUCAAAAAUCUCUCUUGAAACUUCUUCCUGUUUUACUGCUACUCGGGGAGCACUGGAGAAGGCACUGCAGUGUUUUCAACCUCUAAAAUACUUCUUUAAUUUUUCCUUCUUACAGCAUCAUGGAGGUCUACAUAUUCUUUCUUUUUGCCAUAACACUUCUCCCAGGUAUUGCUGCCAAUGUACAUCACGUGAAGUCAUUUCUUGAUCACACUGCAUACCUAUCUUGCUAUUUUCCAAACUCUCAGAAAAAUGACAUAAAGAAUAUAAUAGUUUUUUGGCAAAAAGAUACAGGUGAAGUGGUACAUGAAGUUUUCCUUGGCCAGGAAAUACACGAUCACCUUAGUCCUAAAUACAUAAAUCGUACCAAGAUGGAUAUGGACAAAUGGACCUUGCAACUGUUAAAUGUAAGGAUUGUGGAUGAGGGGCAGUAUAAAUGUAUUAUUAUGCACAUGGACAAGGGACCAAAAAAGAUCAUACACGAAUCUGAGUGCUUACUGCACAUCACUGCCAACUAUAGUCAGCCUGUGAUAGCACAGCUACACAGUGGGGAACCAAAGCCCAAUGAAAACCUGAAUCUUUCCUGUUCUUCCAGCGGAGGUUAUCCAGAGCCUAAGCAGAUGAUUUGGCUAAUUUCAAGUGAAAACAUAACAGAUAGGCUUAUACGACACAUGGAUGUCUUACAGGAUGCUGUAACAAAGCUGUAUAAUGUUACCAGCAAGCUGAAUAUCCCAGUUCCUACAAAUACACUCACUAAUAUUAGCUGUUUGCUUCACCUUGGAGAGCAACAGGGGAGCCUUAUCUCAGUGCCACUAGUCAUAGAGAUACAGGCAGAAGAAAUUGAACCAGUGAAGGUAAAUUUCUUUGGCCCACUUAUAGCUGUAAUUUUACUGAUCACACUUCUUCUGGGUUUUUUAAUAUUGAAGAACAGAAAUAUCUCAUCUACCAACCAGAGUGUCAGUCUCGCAGUCUAAAAGGUAUCCAGCUUGAAAUAGAGGCCAGCAGCUAUAGACUGCUGACUGGGAACCAUUUCUGCACAUAGUGAGGUCUGAGGUCCCACUGUUUCAGAUGCCGCGCCAGAACAAGAAUCCUCUCCAAACACCUUGCAGAACAACAUGCAAUAUUUUCAUCUGGUGACUGAAUUCCACUGUCCAGCGUUCUUUGCUUUUAUUUUUGCUACAGAACAAAUACAAUAGUUGCUACAGUAGCAAAUACAAUACUCUGUCUCUAUGAGUUUCCCUUUAGGGAAAACUCUCCUGAUUUAAUGGGCAUUUUGGGCAAACGAACAUCUUCUACAUUAUUAAUUGGCACACACAUGAAUUUUCCUGGCUCCUGAUGCAGUUACUCUGGCUGCAGUCUUGAUCACUAAGAGGAAAUGCCACCUUGGACCUUCCUGCACUCAAUGGCUUGAUUCACUUCUGAAUGGACUAAUGUGGUUUUUGCCUUCUGCGAUACUACCUAGAUAUAAAGAACUGAAUUUAGUGAUCUCAUUAAAUCUGGAAAGAAGAGAUGAAAACUUUGCCAUCCACGUGCCACAAAAAAAAAAAAAAAAAGAAGAAGAAAAAAAAAAGGAAACAUUUCUUCCAACACAAAGAAGUAUCAUGUAUUCAGCAACUGGACAGGUAGGAAGAUGGUGAGAUAUGAAGGGCAGAAAUCUUCCCACUUUGCCAACAGUAACAAAUAAGCAGAGAAGAACAGCAAGCAGCUGCUCCAACUGUUAUAAGUACAAUAUAUCUUCUUUUCAUUAUUUUCUUUUGUUUUGCUUUUUGCUGGGACUCCUUCACCCUUUGACAAGGCCACAGAAAACAGCUAAGCACUUAGCAGCACUACUAUCACUGGCUAAGUGGCAGGUUUUUUAAGGGCAGAGGCUGACUUGGGAGAAUACUGAGUGUCUGCAUAAGGAGAAGCUGUUUAAAAGUCUAAGUGCUCCCCAAGAUCCUGCAGUCUUCAGUUGUAUGGUUGGGUUUGACACCUGUGACUGUUUUGCUGUAUCUUUCAUUAUGCUCUGUGACACUGUAAAAUGCUGUCAGUGAGAGUCAAUGAAGAGAGCGGAACAGUAAGAGUUGCAGAAGUGAAUGUCUCAGAAAUAGAAAGAGUUAGGCCCUAACCUGUGAAUCACUGACCUUACUGGAAAUAUGAACAGAGUCAGGGUAUUUAAUCAUGGGCCAUAAAUGCUCUGGGCUUUGUAUGGCUUCGUACCAGCAACUUUCUUGUACAUUAUACAGUAGAAAAAGGAACUUAAAAACAUUGCCCCACCUACUGAGAAAAGCUGCGAAAUUUCCAUAGGGCAUUUAAAACCAGAAAUAACUGAAAGAAAAGAAAAUGUUUUUAAUGUAAUUUUUUGUUAUUGUAUCUUUUUUUUUUAAAGAUUAAUAUCUUCCUAUGUAUACUGACCAGAUGCUGUACUACAGGUUUUUCAGGAGGAGGCAGGGAUAGCAUAUUAAAGCAUGAGGUAUCAUUCAUUUGUGUAUAAAUACAGAUAUACAAGUUAAGCAAAGCAGAUACUGAAAAAAAUAAUACUAAUAAUAAGCAUGUUCCAGUUUGAUUGACUGUUUUCUCCCUUUCUUAAUUUGGCUUCCAAGUUUAAAGAUACAGCAAUCCAUACAUGAUGUUAUACUCAACUACAGGAUAUAGUUUUACUUUUCAUGACAGGUUAUUUGUUUCAUUCAAAAUGUUCCAGUCCUCAAUCUUGAUCAAUGUCUGCAUUUUAUUUUCUACAAUGCUACUGACAACUUUCAAGAAAAAUACAGAAGAUCUGAGACAAAUUUUUUUUUGAGAUCUUGAUUGUCCGUAAUAUGGACAUUAACAUUACAUUCUCAAGACAAAAUUCAGCUCAGGUUUGCAUUCUGGGGACAUAAAUUCUCCACUGUUCCUACUUGGUAAAAAUAUUCUUUUCUGUGAAGUGAUGUUAAGAAUUGCUAGACUCCACCUCAGUUUCACCUUUAUUUUCACCUGAGUAAGAGAAUUUGCAUGUUAUCUGGAGUUUGUAAAACCAUUUGGGAGUCAGUUCAUUAAGCUAUUAUGCCAAUAAGCCAAACAUUUUUAUUCAGAUUAGUAUAAUUCAAAUUAUAUGAAAAGUCACAGCUCUUAUUUUCAUGUAAGGUUUUAUAUUUGCUAGCAAAGUUAUUUAAUGACAUUAAAAUAUACAUAUUUUUC